UUGAAACCACCCCUCACACUCCUCCUCCUCCGCCCCCCCUCCCCGUAGUCUAGAAACGGAGUGGCUGCUUUGCACGGGGCAGGAGCCGGGAUGGCUAUUCGUGGGGUGGUGGUUGCUCUCUGCCCUGGCGCGGGGGGCUUGCAAGCACCUUGAUCGAGCCUCUCCACCGCCCGCGUCCGUGGGAGCUUCCUCGGGGGGGUUUCCUAAAGGUGCUGCCGCUUCCAAGUCGCGGGAUCCACCCGGGCAAGCGAAGAGAAGAGAGGGAGUAGUUGGGGGCCGCGGGCUACAACAAGCCAGCCACAGCCUUGCCUUGAAUUGCCAGCCUUGCCGCCUUUGCAUCGUGAAGGGGGGGAAACAAAAAAACGAGAGCCAACCUCGGGAUUAUUAUUUCUCCUCAUCCUUUUCUCCCGCCUUCCUUUUAUAUAGAGCCCGUCCGGUCGGGAUCCCAAAGGCGACGAGGCUCUUGGUAGGGGAGAGGGGGGGAGAGAGGUGUAAGAAGAGAAGAUCGCCCCCCCGUCGUUGCUUUGGGGAGGGGGGUUCUCCUCAGAAGCUGGUGGGGGGUGGGCAAAGGAAAGAAACAUGGAGGCGGUGAUCGAGAAGGAAUGCAGCGCCCUUGGAGGGCUCUUCCAGACCACCAUCAGUGACAUGAAGGGAAGUUAUCCAAUUUGGGAAGAUUUCAUAAAUAAAGCGGGAAAACUCCAGUCUCAACUUAGGACGACGGUUGUAGCCGCAGCUGCCUUCCUGGACGCUUUUCAGAAAGUAGCAGACAUGGCAACCAAUACGCGUGGUGCUACCAGAGAAAUUGGCUCUGCUUUAACCAGAAUGUGCAUGCGACAUCGAAGCAUUGAGUCCAAGCUGAGACAGUUUUCAAGUGCUUUAAUUGACUGUCUGAUAAACCCACUUCAAGAACAGAUGGAAGAAUGGAAGAAAGUGGCCAAUCAGCUGGACAAAGACCAUGCAAAAGAAUACAAAAAAGCGCGCCAGGAAAUAAAGAAGAAAUCUUCAGACACCCUGAAGCUUCAGAAGAAAGCAAAGAAAGCAGAGGCACUCGGGAGAGGAGACAUCCAGCCUCAGCUGGACAGUGCCCUGCAGGAUGUGAACGAUAAAUACCUUCUUCUUGAAGAAACGGAGAAACAGGCUGUUAGAAAAGCAUUGAUUGAAGAACGUGGCCGAUUCUGUUCAUUUGUUUCUAUGCUGCGUCCUGUAAUUGAAGAAGAAAUAUCAAUGCUGGGAGAAAUAACUCACCUGCAGACCAUAUCGGAAGAUCUGAAAAGCCUCACCAUGGACCCACACAAGCUGCCAUCAUCAAGUGAACAGGUGAUUCUCGAUUUGAAAGGUUCCGAUUAUGGCUGGUCCUAUCAGACUCCACCUUCUUCUCCCAGUACCACCAUGUCCAGAAAAUCCAGCGUGUGCAGUCUGAACAGUGUAAACAGUAGUGACUCCCGGUCAAGUGGCUCGCAUUCUCACUCACCCAGUUCACACUAUCGCUACCGCAGCUCCAAUCUGCCUCAGCAGGCACCCAUGAGGCUCUCCAGUGUCUCCUCGCAUGACUCCGGAUUCAUGUCCCAGGACGCUUUUCAAUCCAAGUCACCGUCCCCGAUGCCACCCGAAGCCCCCAACCAGCAGAAUUCGUCCAGCUCGGCCUCUUCUGAAGCUUCUGAAACCUGCCAAUCAGUGAGUGAGUGCAGCUCCCCGACCUCUGUCAGUUCAGGCUCAACCAUGGCGGCUUGGGCCUCCACAGAAAAGUUGUCUAACGGGUAUUAUCACUGUAGUUUACCCAGUGGCUCAUCUUUAGCCCCAGUUGGUGUGGGUUCUUUCCCUCAUGUUCCGUCUGUCUCUCACGCAUGGACCCGGGCCACCUCCUCCACCCUCCUUCCAGACUACGUUCAUUAUUACACCAUUGGGCCAGGCAUGUUACCAUCACCUCAGAUUCCUAGUUGGAAGGAUUGGGCUAAGCCUGGUCCUUACGACCAGCCCAUGGUAAACACUUUGCAACGUCGCAAGGAAAAACGAGAAGCAGACUCUCCCGGCGGGGCUCAGAGUGGUCCUUCUCUGCCCACAGAAGACCCCCAGAGGGCCCGGAACAUGACUGUAUCAGCUGCCCCAAAGCCAGGAGAGGAGAUGGAAGCCUGUGAGGAGCUGGCUCUCGCUCUUACCCGAGGGCUGCAGCUGGACAUUCAGAGGAGCAGCAGGGAUUCCUUGCAGUGCUCCAGCGGCUACAGCACUCAGACAACCACACCUUGCUGUUCUGAAGACACAAUUCCCUCACAAGUUUCAGAUUACGACUACUUUUCUGUGAGUGGUGAUCAAGACACCGAGCAGCAAGAAUUCGACAAGUCUUCAACUAUUCCGAGGAACAGCGACAUCAGCCAGUCCUUCCGUCGCAUGUUCCAUGCCAAGCGUCCGGCUUCCACUGCGGGCCUCCCAACCACCCUUGGCCCUGUGAUCGUCACACCGGGUGUGGCCACCAUCCGACGGACGCCUUCCACCAAACCAGCGGUAAGGCGCGGGACUAUUGGCGCGGGACCGAUUCCCAUUAAGACCCCCGUGAUUCCCGUUAAGACUCCGUCUGUGCCAGACGUGCCGGUGGGGCUUCCUGGUUUCCCGAGCGGGGCAGAAGAAAGCUCCGAGCAAAGUCCCGAGGCUGGAGGGGGCAGCACCCCCACUAUGUGUACCUCCUCGUGGAGUGGGCAAGCACCCGCCAGCCUUCCCCCCGUCGUCAGUCAGAAGCCGAGCAGCACAGAGGAUCAGAGGCCGGCGGCGGCUGAAAACGAGAGAGAGGAGAACGAAAGAGAAGACGUCGGCAUCACUGCUCCUCCGUGCCAGCCCACUGUGCUCCAUACAGGUGGGCAGAACCCAGCGGAGGCCCCGCAGGGCGAAGACAUGCUGAAUGCCAUCCGCAGGGGCGUUAAGCUGAGGAAGACCACCACGAACGAUCGCUCGGCACCCCGUAUUUCCUAGAUGCUGAAUCACUGCUCAAGUUGAGUUGAAAAAGAGAGACCGACCUACCUGAUGAUAUCAUCUUUUGUGUCUUGGUCCAUUAUUGUACAAUCAAGAUUUUUUUUUCUAGUAGAGACAGCUGGCAGCGGUCUCUAAAACGGGGAGGGGAGGUUAGAAUUGGCCAAGUGAAAUUCUUAAAAGGAACAUCUUCCUUGACUAUUUGAUGAUGAUGAUGAUUUUCUUCCUAAAGCUGGCUGAUUAUAUUUUCCUCUGCACAUUUUCAAAUUCUCAGUUCCUCCUUUUUUUCCCCCCUCCCCCACCCCCCAAAGGUGCCAAAAUCCCAUUUAACCUUUUAAUAACUCUUUGUAAAGUGUAUUCAUUCACAAAAAGGACAGUUAUAAGAAAUGUUUAAGUAGUUAAAAUUUUAGCAAGGGCUGGGAGGAGGAGUCCGGUGAUAACGCAGUUCUCCUUCUUGGAUGGUUUUAUUGAGCACCUUGUCUGUCAUAGUGGGAGUCUCAGAUCGGUGUUCGUUUCCCUGUACAAAGUUCCUAGCAAGAACACAACUCCUUCACUGAAAUACAGCUGAGCCGUUUUCUCCUGCCCCAAAAGCAGGGAACGGAAGCUGAUUAAAAGCAAUAUAUAAUGGGAAGACAGAAAAGAGAGAACGGCUGUAUUUGGUUAAUUUUUAGGGAUUAGGAAGGGAGGGGCUUAAUUUCUUGCACAAAAAAAUGUAGCCUAGGGGGAUAGUUUCAUUGUAAAUGCGUCCAAAUAAGCCAUAAUGAAUCACAGUGUUCAUUUUAAGUAAGGUGUUUCAAAGACGUUUGGGUACUGCCUGCUAGGUAUUUUUUCCUAUGUUGGCCCUGUUGAAAAGGACUGUGUUAAAAAGAUUUCUUGCCUCUGUAUGCUUUCAUUUCCGGUCAUCGUAAAACCCUCGUUAUCAGUUUUGUACCAUCUUGGCAACAGGCUUAAACUUUGCAUUCCUCUCUUCACCUUGUUGUUCCUUGAAAGAAGUAAACAGAACACGACAUAAAGCAAGGCACUGUGAAGGCAGAAAGGGUGUCUACGUUGUUAAAAUAAUAAUAAUAAUAAUAAUAAAGAGCAAAAAAUUUAAAAGAAAACCAGGGAGCUCUUAAUUAUAACUUUAUACCUUUUAGUGGCUGCGCCCAGCAGGCUGGGUAGGCAAAUAAAUGGAAAAACCUUCCCCAGGACUUUUGACAAAACAACUCAUAGACGGAUGGGCAACUAACUGGGAACUCCAGUAAAACUGCAAAUGUUACUUUUAAGGGAGGGGGGGCGAUUGUUUAUCCAAAGGGGCAGUUUGGGUACAAAAUUUGGGGACUGGGAAGGGACGGGAAUGCUCUUAGGUUUUAUUUAUUAUAGCGGGAGGGACAUUCACAACUACUUUCCUUUUUAUUCUCCCCCUCCCCACAAUUAUUGGGGAAGGGGGAGCAUUGUUGAUACAUUUAUAAAUAAGGUAUUCUUUUCUUAACAUGAGCAUUGCCGUGGUAUUUUCUGUUUCAUGGGGUCAGUAGAAAUGUGCAUAACUCAGGCACCACUCCUCCCUCCUGGUCUUUUUCAGUUUCGUGGUUUUUUGUUUUUGUUUUUUUUUAAAAAGCAUUCUGCAGUCUAACUGGAUACCGUCUGCCUUAUUUCUACAUGGGCGAUGCUAGCAGAAUUCUUGACUUCAGAGGGGUGUGUUUGCAGUCGCAGCGAUGCGCCCCACUCAUCGUGGAAGGAGCUGGGUUGUGAGUGCGUGCACGCCCACAGUCUCCUCCGCCAUGGACACUCGGGAGAUUCGUAUUGGCUGCCAUCUUGCCUACGUAAACUACUACUUCUUAUGCUUUAAUUACAUAACUGCAUUGGAUGUGAGAUGUAUCGUAAACCUGUUUAUAGUCACUGUGUUCUAUAUACAUUUACACAGCUGUGGUUGCUUAACACUUUUUCAUUAUGGCGUCGGAAGCGAAAAGUUCAAAAAAAAAAAAAAAAGGCAUGAUCCAAAAAAUAAUAAGCUUUUUUCUUCCUUCGGAAACAAAUAAAAAUAAAAGCAGUGCUGUCAAACUAGCCCACUUGUCCUGACAAGGAGCAGAUGCUCUCUGCAAAUGAUGCUCCCAAGAUUUUGUUUUUCUUAACCACUUGAAAUAGAGAAGAAAAAUGGACAAAUGAACAAACAAACAAACAAAAAAAGGGUGCAGGCUGACAAGCUGAUCUUUCUAAGCUUUUUUUCCUCUUUUUAUUUUUUUAAAGCUGUUUCUGUUAAGGGCUCAGGCAUGCCCAGCCCCGUUGCUUUCAGUGAAGCUCACGCGGGAUAUUUUUCGAAAAAGCACGUUUUAAGAAAACAUUUUGGAUGAAGCUGUAUUUGAGAGUGUAGCCUCCUCCUUUUCAACACCAGAAUUAAACCUCAGUUAAAAAUAAUAACGAUAUUGCCAAAAUUCGAUAUUAACAUGUGGCAAAAACCACUUUGGAUAGUUCUGUUGGUUUGUUUUUUGAGGUUUCUUUUCCUUUUUAUCUUUUUUGUUUUGUUUUGGUGUUCUUUGCCUAUUGUAACAGCAGCGUCACAAUGUAAAAUGUUUCUAAUGGUAAGUUCUCGUGGUUUAGUUUGCUAGUUUGUACCGAGAGUUGAGCUCUCUUUUCCCCAUUGAAGUGUUUUCUUUCCGAACUGCUAAAAAUAAAAAAAAAUAGCUGUUAACUGUGCUUCCCUUCUACCUUGUAAUGAAUGCUUCAAGCCUAUAUUACAAAUAAAAGACCUGCUGAUAAAA